CUCUGUCUGCACAUUUCCUCGUUUCCUCUCCCUCAGAUCUACAGAUCGAAGAUGGGUGUCACCAACAUGGGGGAGUGCGAGAGCAGACGGGCCCCGCUCACUGCAGAAAACACAUUGUGUUCAGAUCGCCGCUAAAAAUAGUUUCACUUGUAGGAAAGUGAAACUCACGGAGCCGUUGCCACAAGAGGUGAAAUGGCGGCGAAAGCUGUCCAGCUGGAGCGGGAAACCUUCUCCUGUUCGAUCUGUUUGGAUCUACUGACGGAUCCAGUGGCUAUUCCUUGCGGACACAGCUACUGCAUGAACUGUAUUAAAGGCUUCUGGGAUGAAAAGGAAGAGAAGAAAACCAACAGCUGCCCUCAGUGCAGGCAGAGCUUCACACCGAGGCCUGCCCUGGUGAAAAACACCAUGUUGGCGGCUUUAGUGGAGGAGCUGAGGAAGACUGAACCCCAGGCUGCUCCUGCUGAUCUCUGCUAUGCUGGACCUGAGGACGUGGCCUGUGAUGUCUGCACUGGGAGACAGCUGAAAGCCCUCAAAUCCUGUCUGGUCUGCCUGGUGUCUUACUGCGAGAAACACCUCCAACAGCACUAUGACGUGGUUCAAUUAAAGAAACACAAGCUGGUGGACCCCUCCGAGAAGCUCCAGGAGAACAUCUGCUCUCGUCACGACGAGGUGAUGAAGAUAUUCUGCCGCACUGAUCAGCGGUGUAUCUGUUAUCUCUGCUCCAUGGAUGAACACAAAGGCCACGACACAGUUUCAGCUGCAGCAGAGAGGGCGGAGAAGCAGAGAGAGCUCGAGGUGAGCCGACAAAACAUCCAGCAGAGAAUCCAGGGCAGAGAGGAGGAUGUGAAGGUGCUUCAGCAGGAGGUGGAGGCCAUCAGCCGCUCUGCUGAUAAAGCAGUGGACGACAGUGAGAAGAUGUUCUCCGAGCUGAUCCGUCUCAUACAGAAGAGAAGCUCGGAUGUGACGCAGCUGGUGAGAUUGCAGCAGAAGACUAAAGUGAGUGACGUCAGAGAGCUUCAGGAGAAGCUGGAGCAGGAGAUCACUGAGCUGAAGAGGAGAGACGCUGAGCUGGAGAAGCUCUCACACACAGAGGAUCACAACCACUUUCUACACAACUACCCCUCACUGUCACAACUCAGCCAGGCUACACACUCAUCCCGCAUCAAAAUCCUUCCUCUGAGGUACUUUGAGGAUGUGACAGCGGCCGUGUCAGAGGUCAGGGAUAAACUGCAGAACAUUUUGAGGGAAGAAUGGCCGAAAAUCUUAGAGAAAGUAGCUAAGGUGUUAGUUUUGGUGUCACAACCACAGCCCAAGACCAGAGCUGACUUCUUAAAAUAUUCACGUGAAAUCACACUGGAGCCAAACACAGCACACAGGAAGCUGUUAUUAUCUGAUGGGAACAGAAAAGCAAGUAGCACGCCUCUAAAUCAGCCUUAUCCCAGUCACCCAGACAGGUUCACUGGAUGGCAUCAGGUCCUGAGUAAAGAGAGUCUGACUGGGCGUUGUUACUGGGAGGUGGAGUGCGGAUGGGGAAGAGUUGGUAUAGCUGUUGCAUACAACAGUAUCACCAGAGCAGGGAGGUUGGAUGAAUGUGAAUUUGGAGGAAAUGACAAAUCUUGGGCGUUAUACUGUCACCAAAACUGUUUUAAGUCUUGGUACAACAAUGUUAGAACUCUAGUCUCAGGUCCUCGGUCCUCCAGAGUCGGAGUGUACCUGGAUCACAGUGCAGGUAUUCUGUCGUUCUACAGGAUCACUGAGACCAUGACUCUCCUCCACAGAGUCCACACCAUGUUCACUCAGCCUCUCCAUGCUGGACUUUGGAUUCGGGAGUCUUUUGGAGGCAAUGCUGAGAUCCGCAAACUCAAGUAGACAGGUGUCAUUUAAGGGAGAGCGGAUUGGAUCUGAUGUUUAAUUCUUAAAAUGACUUUGUCUUCAUGUUUUUUGCUGAAAUCAGAUUUAUUUAUUUUUUGCUGCACAGAGAUGAACUCUCAAUCGAACAUUACCGACGUCUUCUCAUUCGUUGUUCUGUAAAUGCUUGAGUUGCUUUAGAUGGCGCUUCUUCCUCCUUCCAUGAUGAGUAAUGUUUACCAAAACCUUACUGCAUGGAAACGUAAAACCUCUCCGCGCUCUGAAUGUUUGUUGGCUAUUUGCAUCAAUAUUUUGAGACAUUAUUGUUUCUCUCCCACUGCAGGAGUCUGAAGAGUGAAAGCAGAUCACACGUUUGCAAAACAAUCUAUAACCACUUUUAUAUUCAAUUAAAAUAAAAAUGUUGAUUGCUGAUGCACAAAUUAGGCACGAUGCUGUAUUUUGAAACUGUAAUAUUAUUUUCUUUUAAACAGCUGAGAUUCUGGUCAUACAAAGCGAUUGUGAUGAGAUGUCUGAAUGAGCUGAAUGAUUAUAUAAUACAUUUAAAGAGCAGACAAAGUAUUUUUCUUCUUGCCGUCCUUCCAGGGUGUCAUACCGAGCUGAUAGUGACACCGUGAAACUGAAAUGUGAUUGUGACUGAGGCAGUUUCCCUCCUGAAACACCACAAACUGACACAUAAAAAACAAAAAAACAAAAAAAACAACCUGCGCUGACCUCGUGUUAACAUUUCAGGAGCAGUGCUGCGCUCUUGAAGGAAAACCAGCGACUGAAGAAAUGCCAGUCGCCCAUCCUACAUAUGCAUGACAGCGUGUUUGUCACAAUGAAUGAGCGCAUUCUUUAAUCCCUGCCGGGGCGAGCCGACAGAACCUGUUCCACGCUAAUUGCGUCCUUUAAUCAACUGUUUGGCUCCCCAGCCGAGAGCCAGAUGGCACACAAUGAAGUCUUGGCUUAAACAGCUCCAAACAUAAACAAUAACAACCAUGUGCCGAACAAAGUCUGACUUCCCAUCAGCACAAGUUCUGUGUUCCUGCUGGGACUCUCCAGGCACUUUGUUUUCUUUCAAGGACACGUUUGCUCGACUCUCUGCUGAUGUGCUGUGUUGUGUUUAAUUAUAUAAAA